AUGGUACGCCUAUUAUGGUUAAGAAGGUAAGGGCAACAAGCACACAGAUGAUUGAACACACCGAACUGAAGAACAAAGUGGUGGACAAGUUGAGAAUAUUGCAGCAUCCCAAUUUGAUGGGGUUGCUGGGAGUCUGUUAUGAAGAGAGCUGUUUGGUGUAUGAGGACAUGGCAAAUGGAAGUCUGAAGCAGUGGAUUUCAGGUGGGGAAAAUGGGGAAAAUCAAAGGAGAGGAUUUCUGCCAUGGUAUGUUCGCCUCCGUGUGAUGGCAGAGAUUGCUCGGGCAGUAUCCUUCCUCCACUUGAACCAGCUGGCCAUCGGUGAUCCAAUCAUCCACGGUGCCAUCAAACCAGCAAACGUACUUCUCGAUCACAAUUGUGUGGCGAAGCUCUGUGGGGUUGACCGGGCUCUCCUGCUGUCCCAACAGUUGUACGGAGGGCAGACUGCCGACGAUUCUUUCCGAGAUUUCCUCGGAAGCAACUCUCAAUACACGGCGCUCGAGUGUUUGCGGUCCGGGGUUUGCAACGAGAAGACGGACAUCUAUGCCCUCGGCGUCACCCUUUUGGAGGUCCUUACUGGAAAAUUCAGGAACGCACUGGGAAUCAUGGAAGACGCCAUGGAAGAUGGUGCUGCUUUUGAAAAUGCUCUCGAUCCCAAUGCAGGCUGUUGGGAUGUCGAUCUGGCUCGGGAGGUGGCAGGCUUGGGGUUGCGCUGUGCAAGCCUGGACAAGCGGAACCGACCAGACAUGAUGACACCCGACAUUGGCAUUGUAGCCACACUGGACAGAAUUGUGGGAAAAGUAGAGCUUGCUGCAGCCGGUGAAGAUGGGUAGCCUGGGGGAGAGCAGACGAAUCGUCAACCACACAGACAACGGGGCAAGGCAAGGUUUCCCUCCUGCCAAGUGAGGAGGUUAAUUUUCUA